AUGGGGGGAGAGAUGGAGGAUGCGGCAGAGGGAAUGGACAUAGACAUGGAGCCUGGCCCAAGUGCAGCUGAGAAGGGCAAAGCACCAGCAACCAACGACACUGAUACCUCCAAAAAGGAUAGCGGGAUUCCUUGGGUGGAAAAGUUCAGGCCGCUGUAUGUGAAGGACAUUGUGGGCAACACAGACGCAGUGGACCGCCUUCAGGUCAUUUCGGAAGAGGGCAACAUGCCCAACAUAAUCCUGGCGGGCCCGCCUGGUACUGGAAAGACCACCAGCAUUCUGUGCCUCGCGCGGGCGCUGCUGGGGCAGAACUACAAGGAGGGUGUGCUGGAGCUGAAUGCCUCAGACGACAGGGGGAUUGACGUGGUGCGCAACAAGAUAAAGAUGUUUGCGCAGAAGAAGGUGACGCUGCCGCCCGGCCGCCACAAGGUGGUCAUCCUGGACGAGGCCGACAGCAUGACGACGGGAGCGCAGCAGGCGCUGCGGAGGACGAUGGAGAUAUACAGCAACACGACGCGGUUCGCGCUCGCGUGCAACACCUCUUCAAAGAUCAUAGAGCCGAUCCAGUCGCGGUGCGCCAUCGUGCGCUACACCAAGCUCUCCGACAAGGAGGUCCUGGAACGCCUGCUUGUGGUCUGCCGCUCCGAGUCGGUGCCCUAUGUGGACGAGGGGCUUGGUGCGGUCAUCUUCACAGCGGAUGGGGACAUGCGGCAGGCCCUAAACAACCUCCAGGCCACCUACUAUGGCUUCGGCAUGAUCACCCCGGAGCAUGUCUUCAAGGUGUGUGACCAGCCGCAUCCGCUGCUCAUUUCUGAGAUCGUGAAGAACUGCACCGCGGCCAACAUCGACGGCGCGUACGAUGGAAUGAAGAAAAUCUGCGACAUGGGCUACAGCUCAAUGGACAUCAUUCAGACGCUGUUCCGGGUGGUCAAGAACGACCCAAAGCUGCCCGAGUUCCUCAAACUUGAAUUCAUCAGGGAGGUGGGAUUCUGCCACAUGCGCAUUGAGGAUGGGGUCAACUCACGCCUGCAGCUGAGCGGCCUCCUAGCAAAGCUGUGCACAAAACAGCUGAUGGCUCAGUGGCGAUUGGCCCUGGAGUAG